AUGAACUCGCGUCGUAACGUUGGAUUCUCGUCGCGAAGACCGUUGCCUACGAUCAACGAAGCGCCAUCGACCUCACAACCCAGCACAUCGCCCAAUACGAACCCCCAUACGUCAAAUAGCAGCGUCUCUAGUAGUCUAGAGAGGAAUUCGAGUGGAGGGACAUACGGCAGCGCACCAUUUGCUCGCACAAAAUCUUCGCCAAACACGCAAAGUAGGCCAAAUGCGAGUGGAAGAACAGCUUCGAGUCCACUCUUGUCGACACCAAUGGUCAAACCACGCCCACGCACGUCGAAAACAUCGCAGAAGCACGUUCAACUCCCCACGGCCGCGCAAGAUGCACCUCUCCCUGCGAUCCUCGAAUCACCAGACCGUUUACGAAUACGAAGUGAUGGCGAAGAUGACGCGAAUGAGUUUGGUACGCCUAUUGGGGAAGGCGAAGAGGAGUGGGGUGGGGAGAGGGACGGCGAGGAGAGGAGGGGUCGACAUUUUGGUGUCAAGGGAAGUCAUCCUUCGGGACAAGGAAUGGGGGUCGUAGAGGAUGAUAUUUGGAAACGCACAUUGGGCGAAACCCUCACGCCAGAGCAGCGUGACCAGAUGGGCUACCAGCGCUUGACGGCGUAUUAUUGUGCGGAUGAGCUCCGCAUGAGUCUGCUUAGUACAUUUCUCAAGCGAGAGCAUGCGGUUUCCCCACGACUCUAUGACGACGCGAUCUAUGCACUAUAUCAUCUUCCGCUUCUACCGGGAUAUCAACCAAACGUCAACAUUCGCUCUUGUAUCACCGACAAGGCGGCUCAAGCCAAGCUCGUCCUCUCGCUUAUCACAGAAGCCGAAGAGAGUGGGUACAACGAAGCCUACUUUCCUUCGAGUGUCCUAGCGAACGUGUCAACAGGAAGUGGAACCACCACACCCGUGAACCGCGAUGGGUUUAUCGACACGGCCAUCCCGCCCGCUGCAAAUCUCAACACUCUUCUCGCCUCAAAGGCUCUCCAUCGAGAUCAUGGGACGUUUUCGACGCAAAGAGACCCCGGGAUACGCUCUUCACCUGCUCUCUCCUCACAUGCCAAGAGACGGUUUCCAAGGGCGCAUAUUGCGCAACGAAGGCUCUUAGGUGUCGAAGAUCAUCCCGUUGCUGAAGCCAUCUUCUUUCGGUAUGGAGUGGUCGUGUUCUUUGGCUUUACACAACACAAUGAGCUUGAUAUCUUGGACGACCUCAUCAAGCAGGGUGUCAUGAUCGGAGAAAAGAAGAGUGGCGAGAAAAAACAAUACGAGAUUGAAAGCUUUCAUUUCGAAUAUGACCCUGCGGCCCCGACUCCGAGGAUAUACAACGACUUCUUUACGUUCAAAUCCCCCUCACAUUUGCUCAAGCUGGCCAUCGCCCACGCGAUUGCCCAGUCUACGGUGCUAUCAACGCAUGAGACAGCAUCGUCGAAUCUGCUAUCCUCGCCUCUCACACAGUCGAUUCUCACUCAACUCACAACGAGCGGAAUCAUCAAGAUGAAACGAAGGGUGGCGUUGCGCUUGACAGGCCAGUUAUUUCAGAUGCGACAAAAUGUCAACCUGUCGUCCAAUGUCUUGGACGUUCCUGAGCUGUUCUGGUCAGAGGCGUCGCUCAAGGGUCUCUACGAUGCCGUGAGAGAGUAUCUAGAAGUCGAUAAGCGUGUGAAGAGCCUAAAUGAAAAGUUGGCGGGUAUUGGAGAUUUGCUUGAUGUUAUCCACGAUCAUUUGAAUAACGACGCUAUGGAGCGGAUAACACUCAUUAUCAUCUGGUAUCCGUACUGGAUUUCCAUAGACGCGGUGCUGAUACAAGGAAUAGGUUGA